UUUAUCGCGUGCAUCAACGUAAAAAUCGUGAAAUCGCAAGUCUCGUGGAAAUGACCAAUCACAAUGAUCACGUUGGUCAACCGACGAACGUGAUUGAUAAAUUCUGCGAGAUCUACUUGCGAUUGUGACUUGCGAAUGAACCUUUAAUACGGGAUGCAACAGUUGACAGUCGUCCUUUAGUUGUCAAAGAAUGUACUACUGUAAUGUAAAUUCCCUGAUUUUUUUUUUUUUUUCGAUUUACAUGCUUGUAGACACGACUGUACGGAUACGAGAUAGCUCUGUGAUACAGAUGAUAUUUCAAGAAAUUAAGGUAUAAAACAAAAAGUUAAAGAGCAAUGAAGACUGAUUUCUUAUCUCUCGAAACUGACUCAUUAGUCAAAAGUAUUGAACCUAGGUGGGUCAACUUUGACACAAAAGACCGGCGAGUUUCGAUAACAUAAGAUUCGUUAGCUGAGUCUGUCACAUAAUUUGUCCAAUAUCCACGACAUCAUCGAAUCUAUAAAAUGGCACUAUGUAAAGAAGAAAGCAUAUUGCAAAAUGUGAAGGAAAAACUUUUAGCAUUGGACUGUCCAUUUACCUGGGAGAUAGUUGAUGCUGUAAUAAAGCACAAAAUAAUGCGUCCUAAUACAGACGAUGAUGAAAUUGACGAUUCUGGCCCAUUGGAACAUUUUAUAAUAUGUUUAUUAAAUUGUUAUAAAGCUGUCUUAAGUGCGGAUGAUGAUUCAGCAAAGGCCAGCAUUGAAAAUGCUGAACAAUUUUUAAUGGUGAUUCAACAACAGAAAAACCUAAAUCAAAUAAUAAGAGCUAUAGAACAUGUUUUUUAUGCUACGAAAUGUUUUUACUUAUUUGAAACGCAUUAUAUGGAAGAUACUACUGCGUUAACAAUAUUAGAAAUAUUAGAAAAUAUUACUGAUAUUAAAGAUAUGAAUAGUGUGGAGUUAGGAGGUCUGUAUGGUUGUGGAAGUGUGACAUGGUCUUGUUUCAACGAUUAUGGCAUGGAAAAGGCAAUUGAUUUAGGAAAGAGAGCAGUAGAAAAGAAUGAAGACUGUGCCUUAUGGCAUUUUAUUCUUGCAAAAAAUCUUAGACGUAAAAGACGUUCUGUAAAUCUUUCGGAUGAAGUAUCGUAUAUGGAAAAAACACAUUUUGAAAUAGCAUAUGCCAUGACCAAAAAUCAUGUAUUCGGAAUAUAUUAUCUGCAAAUGAGAUUAGAGAGUUUUUAUAAAUUUUCCAGAGACCGAAACUAUAAAGAGAAAAAAAGUAAUAAUGAGAAACAAGUAUUAGAACUAGCCGUAGAGAUGUUCAAGACUAAUCCUACUAGUUAUAAAGUACUGUUAAAAUUAGCUCGUAUUUUCACAACAGUAGAAGUUGAAGAUUACAGACAUUAUGCGAUAAUGUGUCUUAAUGCUGUAGAUAAAAUUACACCAAAUAAUUCAACAACUUUCCAUUAUUACGCAAUGAUAUAUCGACAGAGUGGAGAUUAUAGGGAAGCAAUUAAGUAUUAUAAGAAAGCUGCUGAACGUUAUAACUUUGUAUGUGAACUCUCUUAUGUAGAAUAUGGUUGGGAAGUAGGAGAAUUAGAGCCAUUACCUCAUUUACUACAAAUGGUGAAAAAAUAUAACAAUUUAAUCAAAGAACGAGAGAUAUCUUUGCUUCUUGCUAUCGCAAUAACUUAUUAUUCUCUGCAAAAGGAUAUACCAGCUGCAGGAAAAUAUUUUUUAAGAGCACUUGAAAUAGAUCCACAGCACAAGAAGUUCAAGAUAUAUUAUAGAUUUCUGGACUUCUCAACUCAGAGUUUGUCUUCAUUUUUUGAGAAGGAACUUUGUCCUCAUCUCCUUCAAAAGAAGUGUGAUGAAACGUGUAAUAAAAUAAAAGAUCUCUUGAAUCCAGAGCUUAACAGGUUAACAAAAGAGCUUGAUCUCUUAACUGUUUGUUCAUCUACAAAUACCUCAGACACUAAUUAAGUAACAUAAAUAAUUACUAAUGUUUAAAGUACUACACUGUAUGAAAGUUAUUGUUAUUUUAUUUUUAUUAUUGAUUAUGUCAGCCAUAUAUAUUAUGUCAAAGUUUCAUUUUAUAUAAACAAAAAGGACAAUAUUAAUACAAAUUUUAUAAAAAUUACGCACGUAUAGAUUAUAUAUGUAAAAAAAAACCUAUUUUGUGUUUGUUAUAUAAUCUCGACUUAUAUUGAGUAAAUUUAUUAUGAAUCUCUAAAAAUUGCGUAUAAAUUUGAUUCCAAUUUGAGCAAGAGCGCGUUUGUGCAACUUUUGCCACGUACCGGGGCCUCGAUUCUUGAACAAUUUGCGUACACGAAAGUUGUUAUAGGCCGUUUUCCUUUUAGGAGAC